CUCAGCGACUUUUCUGCUGAGUCUUUCAACAUUUCAUGAUUUUCUGACACUCUCAAUCUCGGAUGUUCUGAGGUCUGAUUCACCUCUUGUGUCUCGCACGGCUGAAAAUACGCCACGAUCAAAGUCUUCGAAAUCGCUUGGACGGGCUUGCGCGAGCUUGUUCGUUCAGCCUCGUUUCUGUGACUCUGCUGACAUAUCCUGCACCACUGCUGCGACUCAUCAAGUCCAACUUCAGCUUCUUGCCGUUCCCCUGGACUCGAGCUCAACAGAUCGACGCAUAACCAAAGAUGCGGCUACCGUUCAGCUCAACGGACGAGAAGGUCGCCCAUUCGCCGACUUCAUCGGAACGUUUCGAGCAGCCCAACGACAUCACCUACCAACCCCAAGGCUACGAUGAAGACUUGCAUGUCGAAUGUCCGCCGCAUACUACAGAGCGCAAGCUGGUAGCUCGCAUCGAUAUCCACAUCAUCCCGGUCUUGUGUAUUCUCUACCUUUUGGCUUUCUUGGAUCGAGUUAAUAUCGCCAAUGCCAAUGUCCUUGGACUUUCCAAGGAGUUGGGUCUCGAAGGAAAUGAAUACAAUACGGCGCUCGUGAUCUUUUUCGUGCCUUACGUGCUCUUCGAAAUCCCAAGCAACAUCCUCCUCAAGAAGUUCCGACCAAAUGUAUGGCUUAGCUUGAACAUGUUCCUGUUCGGCUUCGUCACUAUCAUGCAAGGUCUCGUGAAGAACUAUGAAUCUUUGCUGGUUACCAGAUUCUUCCUUGGACUCUUCGAAACGGGCAUGUUUCCGGGUUGCUUUUACUUGAUCGGAAUGUGGUACCGGAGACAUGAGGCGCAGAAGCGAUACACGUUCUUCUUCUCGUCUACGACUCUAGCUGGUGCAUUUGGUGGGUUGCUGGCGGCGGCUAUUGGAAAGAUGGAUGGUCUGCAAGGCUAUCAAGGAUGGAGAUGGAUCUUCAUCCUCGAAGGCGCGCUCACAGUCGCCGUCUCCUUCCUGUUCUUCUUCCUCAUCCCUAGCUUCCCGGAAGACGCCAAAUGGCUCGGCGACGACGAGAAGGCCUAUGUUGCAGCUCGCCUCCAGAAGGAUCAGGGUCGCUCGGCCGUCGAGCGAUCCAUCACCGCCAAGGACGUCGGCAAUGUCUUCAAGGACUACAAGGUCAUCGUCGCUGGCUUCAUGUACUUUGGUCUCAUUGUUCCAGCUUACGGAUACGCCUACUUCGCUCCUGGAAUUAUUCAAAGCUACGGCUACGACCCUAUUCAGACACAGCUCCACUCCGUACCACCUUGGGCCGCAGCAUUCGGAUAUGCGAUGCUGCUCGCUGUGCUCUCGGACGCAACGAAACAUCGAUUCGGUUUCGCGGUCUUCAGUACAUGCAUCAGCAUUGCUGGAUUUGCAAUUCUGAUCAGUGUUCACAAUAACAAUACAGUUCAAUAUGCGGCUCUCUUCCUCGUCACCAUGGGCACAUAUUCCGCCAUGCCUGUCAUCGUCUGUUGGUUCAACAUGAAUCUCGGAGGCCACCAUCGCCGCUCUGUCGGCUCCGCGUGGCAAGUUGGUUUCGGCAACAUCGGCGGUAUCAUCGCCGUCUUCGCUUUCCUCAAGAAAGACGCACCAAAGUAUGUGACGGGCUACUCGAUCUGCAUCGCUUUCACGAUUCUGAGCAUCAUUUCGUGUAUCAUCUAUGGCUUCGCAUGUUGGUCGCAGAAUCGACAGAGGGACAAGUCGGUCACGGAUGUUGGGUUGACGGAGCACGAGAAGACCGAGCUGGGCGAUCUUAGUCCGACGUAUAGGUACUUGUUGUGAGAGGGGAGAGAGGAAGGAUGAUGAGUGUGUAACAGGCAGAGGCUAAGUAGCAAUGGUAUGAAUCAUCAGGUCUGUUGGCUAUGAGUACGAUACGAG